CGAUUACCUAUUUCACGAACAACCAUAUCCGACAAAAAAAUGUUUAACUUGUUCUACGUAUAAAAAUUUUCACAGUUAUACUUAAACAAGAAUGUAAAAUAGGUAGGUGAUACAAGAAUUCUCAAGUUCGUAGUAGAAGAACUAAACACAUUUUAAGGUGUUAAAUCCUUAAAAUUUCUUUAAUUUCUAAUUAAGAGCUUAUAGAAAAAAUUCGAAGGAAUUUUACUAAAUGAGUAAACAGUUUUCAAUUUCAUGGAUAGAAAUUUGAAUCACGCUUUAUGUUAGCUAUUAGAAACUACUUUUUUUGAUGAAAAAAGCCUGUUGAAUAAACGAUUGAGCAUGUGAGUAUUUAAAUUUUGUGCACUAGUUCAAUAGUUAAAAAUCAGAAAUCUGAUGUUCAAUAUUAUGUUGAUGUGUUACGCUUACUUCUCAUGUGAAAGUAAAAAAGAAUGUAUUUGUAAGAAAAAAAGUUAACAGAAAUUGGCGCAUGCUGCACUAGUUUUUUUUCUAUGAGAAACAAAAUUCUUUACUUUUUUGAUAUUAUUAUUUGUUAAUUGGUUUUAUGAAAAAUGUAUCAGAAGAAAGAUGAUGCACAACUUCUCAAACCAGAUAAGGAACAAAUUGAGAAGAAAGAAGAAGAUGAUGCAUUGAAACCUAGAGAUAAUGAAAGUAAUAAGAAACAAGAAGAUCAUAAAAAAACAGAAGAAGAAAAAGAGAAACUAUUUGAGAAGUUGCAGAUUAUUACCGAUCGUUUUACGAUUGUAAAAAGACUUGGAGGUGGUGGAUUUGGUGAAGUGUUCCUUGCAAAAGACAGUAAAACAGGCUCAUUAGUGGCCAUUAAAACUGAGCGAACUGAUGUAUUACAUCCACAACUGCCGAUUGAGAAAGAUGUCUUCACCAUCAUGUCAUCAACAGUCAAUUGUCCUGUCAUGCAUCACUUUGGUACACAUGGAGAAUUUACCGUUUUAGUUAUGGAAUUAUUAGGACCAUCUUUAGAGGAUUUAUUAAACUUUUGUGGUCGACGAUUUACACCCAAAACACUUUGUAUGGUAAUAGAACAGGGCUUACGUGGAUUAGAAGCAUUACAUAAUCGAUCGAUAAUACAUCGUGAUUUGAAGCCAGAGAAUUUUCUUUUGGGUCUUGGAAAGAAAGCACAUGUCGUACAUUUAAUUGAUUUUGGUUUAUGCAAAAAUUAUCGUCAUCCGUUAACAUUUGAUCAUAUAGCAUUUCGUACAGGAAAAACGUUAACGGGGGUAAUGUGGCAACUCCCAUGGAUGUCCAUAAAAAUUUCAAAUCGGAGGAAACGUAACGAAAAAUUAGCCGAAGUCAAAGAAUCAUUGACUCCAUCUGAUUUAUGUGCUGGUCUGCCACCAGAAUUUGAAUUAUUUUUUAAAUAUUGUAGAACUUUAUCCUAUACUCAACGACCUGAUUACGGUUACUUAAGAAAUUUAUUAGUUUCAGUUAUUUAUCGACUGAAAGAACAGUUUGAUUACUUCUAUGAUUGGUAUUCAGUGGCAAAAAUGUUUAAAAAUAAUCUGGAUGCUGGAAAACCAAUUCUGCCGAAGAAAAAACCCACAACACAGAUGUCUUCGACGCCAAACGUUACACCGAAAGCAUAG